CCUGAAUGAGCGUUUGUCACCGGAGCAGCUGACCAUGUUUAAAGACACUCCGUGGGGGCAUUUGCUGGAUGCUCCUGAGAUGCAAUUCUCAGGCCAGAUCAUCCACAUGCUGUUGUUACGCCUAGUGCGUCAACAACCAGCCGAUGAGUUGUGGUUUUGUGUGCGCGGGAAGCUCUUGAAGUUUACUUUCGCUGAUUUUGUCCGCAUAACCGGACUACCAUCUAAUGGAGAGAGGCCUGAGUUGUCCACGGAUAAAAAAAAUUCCAUUGUUAAGAAGUUUUUCAAAGGGCGGACUGAAAUUACCUAUCAGCAGUUGAAAAAUAGGAUGGAAGAGUACAAGGCUCCAAGUAAAGGUGAUCCACUACCCGGUGUUAAGCUUGCAUCUUUGUACUACACACAGUGUGUUCUGCUGUCUAGAGACAAACGGACCAAAAUAAGCCCAGAUUUUUUUAAAUGGAUUGAUGACUUUGAAAGUUUCAAGAAGUACCCCUGGGCGUUGGAAUCAUACAAUGCCACCGUGAAUCACAUGAAGUCGCUUAUGGUAGGCCAACCGAAGUUUUUCCAGGACAACAAGAAAGACGAUCCUACGUACGACAAAAUGCGGAAUACGAUGUAUGGUUUUCCGCAUGUGUUGCAGGUUUGGGCAUACGAGAACAUACCGGACUUGGGAAAAUUAGCCGCUACAAAAGUUGGUGAAGAGGGUUGUGGAUUGCUUAACUGGAAAGCGGAACGCUAUUUUCACGCUGCAAAGCUUCAAGAAAAAGUAUUCUUUGAGGAGAGUGUGCCUGCUGACGAAGAUGGGGAUGAUUCUGUGUUGGGACAUUCGAUUGUGGUGGAAGAAUUAAAAAAACUAAGGACGUGUAUUGAAAGUUUGGACUCUCGGUUGAAAGUUGUUGAAGACAAUGUUGCUGAAAUGAAGGCGCUUGUAGUUGCACGCUUUGGAAAAUCUGAUGAAAACGCUGCUGCGAACCCCCUAUCUGGAGAGGAAGAGGUUGUUGCUGAAGGAAGGCCCCCAGUUCAUGAAGGAGGUUGUCAUACUCGUGUGAACCACAUUGUUGUAGAGGAUGAGGUUGUUGCCCAAGGAAGCCCCCCACUUGAUGAAGGACCUUCUCAUACUUCUUUGAACCCCCUAUCUGGAGAGGAUGAGGCUGUUCCCGAAGGAAGCCCCUCAUUUGAUCAAGGACAAUCUCAUACUUCUGUGAACCCUCUAUCUGGAGAGGAUGAGCCUGUUGCAAAAGGAAACCCCCCAAUCGAUCAAGC